AUGUCGCGGCUCUCGAUGGCGAUGCUGUUCUUACUCUCCCUUGUGCUGGCAGCGGCCCCGCGCACCGCCGUCGUCGAGGCUGUUGUCGUCCAAGGCCUGCAGGUGGGGUACUACAACCAUUCGUGCCCGGAGGCGGAGCAGGUGAUCCGCGACGUCGUCGAGGCCGAGGUCAGCAUGGAUCACAACAUCGCCCCGGGCCUCAUCCGCAUCUUCUUCCACGACUGCUUCAUCACGGGGUGCGACGCUUCCAUCCUGCUAGACGAGACGCCGGCGGGCGACGUCCCGGAGAAGGAGUCGUCGGCCAACGGGUUCACCCUGGUCGGCCUCAAAACCAUCGACGUGGCCAAGACGACCAUCGAGGCCAUGUGCCCGCGCACCGUCUCCUGCGCCGACAUCCUGGCCUACGCUGCGCGCGAUGCCGCCGUGGCCGCCGGCCUCCCCAGCUACGAGGUCGGGGGCGGCCGCCGCGACGGCACGCACUCCCGGAUGGACGACCUGCCGGGCAACUUCCCGGUGCCCGGCCACACGGUGCCGCGCCUGACGGAGCUCUUCAACAGCCGCGGCCUCUCCCAGGAGGACCUAGUGACACUGUCCGGCGCGCACUCCAUCGGCGGCGCGCACUGCUUCAUGUUCUCCAACCGCAUCUACGGCUUCUCCAAGACCUCGGAGAUCGACCCGUCGCUGGACCCGGCGUUCGCGGAGAGGCUCCGGAAGAUGUGCCCGCGGCCCCAACCCGACGACAACCCGGAGGCGUCGCGCAAGGUGCCGUUCGACGAGCGCACCAGCGAGAAGCUCGACAACGUCUACUACCAGGAGCUGCUGGCGAGACGCAGCCUGCUCACCUCCGACAACACGCUCGCCCAGGACCCGAAGACGAGGCCCCUCGUGGAGAAGUACGCCAAGGACAUGGCCCUCUUCCAGAAGAAGUUCGGCGAGGCGAUGCAGAAGGUGAGCGCGCUCGACGUGCUCAUCAACCCGGACCAGGGCCAGAUCAGGCGGAACUGCCACCUCGUCAACAAGGCCAGGGGGCAGCAGUUCCCGGUGAUCAAAUGGCCCAGGGCCCCCAAGCACCCCAUGCUCCAGAUGAUCAACUGGUUCAUCCGCGGCUUCCAGCAAGACUGAGUGCCCCAGGCACGAGGCCUGGCCUCACUGGGAGUCUGACCAACAUCAUUUCAUCCUAGUAGAUACUAAAGCGGUACGGUUGUGGAGUUUAAUUUUCACUGUCUUCCAUUUGGCCGUCGCGUUAAGUUCCUUUCUUGUCCUCGGUCUAAUGAUGGCUGUUCAUAUUCCUAAGCCAAUCAUGUAAUAUACAUUUGAGCCGUUUUUUUGUUUGUUUAUCAACUUCAA